UGCAUUGUCACGGACGGACACUGCGACCGGUGUUACAUUGAUCGAUUGUAAUCGUAAAGUGAAAUUGCAACUGUGCGUGUUACAGUAGUGGAUACUACAACUCUACUAAUUGUUCUUAAGACUAUACAAAAUGCCGGGUGCUCCGAUGCCUUCGAUGAACACGUAUUUAACGAAGCAAGCGAAGUCUUUAGACGAAGACGAUGUGCCUAAAAUAUAUAAUGUAUCAGAACAAAAGAGCCGAAGUCACGAAUGGCAGAUUGUAUGGAGGAAUGUAUUUGCCUUCGUUUACAUGCACAUAGCUGCACUGUAUGGACUUUAUUUAAUAUUCACAGGGAGAGCUAAAGCACUUACUUACACAUUUGGUAUAAUUUUCGCGAUUGGCUCGGCAGUAGGCGUGACGGCGGGUGCCCAUCGACUCUGGGCACACCGAGCGUACAAAGCAAGAUGGCCAUUGCGGCUGUUUCUUGCACUGAUGCAGACAAUGGCUUUCCAAAACCACAUCUAUGAAUGGGUUCGUGAUCACAGGGUACAUCAUAAGUUCACUGAAACUGAUGCUGACCCCCACAAUGCGCGACGAGGGUUCUUCUUCUCCCACAUGGGUUGGCUGAUGGUUCGCAAGCAUAAGGAGGUUUUAGAAAAGGGAGCUAUGGUCGACAUGUCUGAUUUAGAAAAAGACCCGAUAGUGAUGUUCCAGAAAAAAACAUAUCUUGUAGUCAUGCCAAUCCUAUGUUUCGUCAUCCCCGCUUUGAUACCAGUUUAUUUGUGGGGAGAGGAUCCCUGGACAUCCUGGUAUGUGGCGUCCGUUACGAGGUACACCGUAUCUCUUCACUUCACUUGGCUGGUCAACUCUGCUGCUCACAUCUGGGGCAACAAACCUUAUGACAAGCAUAUAGGCGCUACUGACAACAAGACAGUCGCUUUCUUCGCUUUGGGAGAAGGUUGGCACAACUACCAUCACGUUUUCCCAUGGGACUACAAAGCGGCUGAACUUGGCAAUUAUAGUACAAACUUGUCUACUGCACUAAUUGACUACGCUGCUAAAUAUGGGUUGGCUUAUGACUUGAAGACGGUUUCAACUGAAAUGAUUGUCAAAAGAGCAUCAAGGACAGGCGAUGGUACCCAUCCAUCAUCUAAUUCGACAAAGUCCUUUGAUCAUGACCAUCAUCACCCAGAGAAUCCAGUUUGGGGAUGGGACGACCAAGAUAUGAAAGAGGAAGAUCGGAAACUAGCUGAAAUUGCUCAUAAAAGGAGAGCUUAAAUAUAAACACCUUAAGAAAAUUUACGUAAUAUGUAGUAAGUACUAGUUUAAUCCUAUUUAAUGAGACUACUAAAAUUUAAGGGAGGUUCAUUUUAAUUAAUAUGACAGUGUGACAUAGUUAUACACAUAUAAUAAUAAAUUCAUUAAUGGUAGAAUAUAUUAUGACAAUAUAUUCUAUGAUUUACCCUGUUUAAAGAAAAAAGACUUUACCUCCUCGUAAAAACCUGUACUUAGUUGCUGUAUGCUUUUAAUAAAAUUUGUAUGAAACAAUAUCAAUUAGUUUAUCCAUACCCAUCGUUAUGAGAAAAUAAAUAAUUAAUUGCCUAAUGGAGUUGGAAAUAUAAUAGUCUAUAUAAAUAUAAAGUUAAGUUAUAUAAGCCUGGGAUUCUAUUAUAUUUUGAUUCUAAUAAUGGAUGUUAUGACUUCAAUAUUUACUUAUAAGUCCUUAUUGUUUCGAAUAUGAAAAUACCUCAAAUUUUAUUAUUAGGCAGUAAAUGCAAGCCAUACAAGCUACGGAAUUACUACGAGCGUAUCGUUUAUUUAAACUGAUUCAGUAUAUCGUAACAUGUAGUACUGAAAACAAUGUCACAACACAUAGUAAUAUGACAAUUGUUUCGGCUACUUAUGCAUGUCAGUAUUUGACGUUACCGUUCUGGGCAGGCGACUGUUUCAAUUGUUGUUAAUUUAUAUUUGAGUGAUUUUCAAUUAUUGAAAAUCCCGUACAUUAACGUAUGUUUUUUAUGUAUUCGUUUCCUAU